GGCAGGGCUGUUUUGAAGAGCACAUGAUAUGGCAAAUUAAAAAGUAAGUGCUGCUGAAAAGCAAAGACUCUACAGACAGCGCAGGGAUGCUGACCCGGAUCACCGAGCAACCUACCUUGGAAAAAAACACAGGAUUUACUGAAAGGCUUUAGAGAGUUGAAAAAAAGAGUGAAUGAUGUCACAGAAAGAGGAACAAGACAGGAGUGAAAGCAAUGGUGGGUCAGACAGAAAUAACACAGAUGUUGAGAGCAGGAGAAACAGUGUUGGAGUGGGCGGGUCAGCUGACCUCUUGGUCCACCACUGGAAAGACAUAACGGACACAAUGUCUUUCCAUCAGGAGGUAAGGGACUCUGGCACUCAAAUACAGUUCUAUUAUGUCAGUGAGGAAGAGGUGGAAAGUAAGGCAAAGAGAAUUUCUGGGGUACCUCUGGUAACCAUAAAAGGAAAGAGUAUCGUGCCUGGCAUCCUCAAAUACAGAGACAGUUGUCUCUGCCAAGCAGCGCAAAGCAUGUGGGAUUGACCAUGUUAUGGACUCCAAUAAAUCACAGUCCCGGCUAAUGGCCAUGGUCUCUCAGCUCCGCUUCGUCCAGAUGUCAUUGACCCAGAUACCUCAGCUCCGCUUCGUCCAGAUGUCACCGACCCAGAUACCUCAGCUCCACUUUGUCCAGAUGUCAUUGACCCGGAUACCUCAGCUCCACUUUGUCCAGAUGUCAUCGACCCGGAUACCUCAGCUCCACUUUGUCCAGAUGUCACCGACCCAGAUACCUCAGCUCCACUUUGUCCAGAUGUCACCGACCCAGAUACCUCAGCUCCACUUUGUCCAGAUGUCAUUGACCCGGAUACCUCAGCUCCACUUUGUCCAGAUGUCAUCGACCCGGAUACCUCAGCUCCACUUUGUCCAGAUGUCACCGACCCAGAUACCUCAGCUCCACUUCGUCCAGAUGUCACCGACCCAGAUACCUCAGCUCCACUUUGUCCAGAUGUCAUCGACCCAGAUACCUCAGCUCCACUUCGUCCAGAUGUCAUCGAGGCUCACCACACUGGACAGUGGUGCAUUGUGAACAAGGAUGAACAACCAUACCCUGGCGUUAUACUGGAGGUCAAAGAACAAAAGGUUAAAGUGCAUGCACAGGAAUGGAGUCAACAAGCCCAAGAGAUGAUAAACUGGUAUGGGGAUGUUCAGAUUGUGUGUCUGAUGCGAUACCCGCUGCCAGUGAACAAAAGGUCAUCUCAGAUUUACCACAGUAUCUGGAAGUAAUUGGAGGACCACCUGAAUGUGUGAAAGUGGCACAUGUGAACUGGCCAGCAGAGAAGAAGCAGUCAGUGGCUAGAAAGCCAUGGAGACUGUCUGGGAAAUGAUAAGAUGGACUUCACACCAUAAUAUGGGAAAAACAAACAUAUGGACAAGCUUUCUAAAGACAAACAUCAAGUAAAAGUGACGUUAGUAUGGGAAAUAAUUAGUAGGGGAAAAGUUAGAGAAAAUAGGCCUAUUCCAUGAACAUGUUUUACUGCAUACAAUAUGUUCAUAUCAGUGCUUUUGGAAAAACUGUCUUAGUUUACAUUCAAUGUUGUUUCUAUUGUUCUUGUUUCUAGUUCUAAUAGAGAUGUUAUGUUUUUAUAGUGUUAAAUAGAGAUGUUUGUACGACAAUGUUGUUUCUAUAGUUCUAAUAGAUGUUAUAUUUCUAUAGUUCUAAUAGAGAUGUUGUGUUUUUAUAGUUCUGAUAGAGAUGUUUCUAUAGUUCUAAUAGAGAUGUUGUGUUUCUAUAGUUCUGAUAGAGAUGUUUCUAUAGUUCUGAUAGAGAUGUUUCUAUAGUUCUAAUAGAGAUGUUGUGUUUUUAUAGUUUUAAAUAGAGAUGUUUGUACGACAAUGUUGUUUCUAUAGUUCUAAUAGAUGUUAUGUUUCUAUAGUUCUAAUAGAGAUGUGUUUCUAUAGUUCUGAUAGAGAUGUUUCUAUAGUUCUAAUAGAGAUGUUGUGUUUCUAUAGUUCUAACAGAGAUGUUAUGUUUCUAUAGUUCUAAUAGAGAUGUUGUGUUUCUAUAGUUCUGAUAGAGAUGUUAUGUUUCUAUAGUUCUAAUAGAUGUUAUGUUUCUAUAGUUCUAAUAGAGAUGUUAUGUUUAUAUAGUGCUGAUAGAGAUAUGUUUAUAGUUCUGAGAUGUUAUGUUUCUAUAGUUCUAAUAGUUAUAUUUCUAUAGUUCUAAUAGAGAUGUUAUGUUUCUAUUGUUCUAAUAGAGAUGUUAUGUUUCUAUUGUUCUAAUAGAUGUUAUGUUUCUAUAGUUUUAAUAGAGAUGUUAUGUUUCUAUAGUUUUAAUAGAGAUGUUAUGUUUCUAUAGUUUUAAUAGAGAUGUUAUGUUUCUAUAGUUCUGAGAUGUUAUGUUUCUAUAGUUCUAAUA